CAGAUCUUAUCAAAUAAGUCUAAAUAAAGCGAAUCCAAAUAGUACCAAAUAAAAUCUCCGAGUGGUUCCGCUUCUUGAAUUGCAGUUUCGUGAAGACACCACACUCAGUAGCCAACGCGAUGAACGUGCUCGGCCUAUCCCUCGCACCCUACAUCCGCUCCUCGCGGACGCUCAAGAAAUAUGUGACACCAGUCGCUCACUGGUAUGCCGACCUCAUGGGCUACCGCAAGAUGGGCCUCAAAUAUGAUGACCUCCAGGUUGAAGAGAGCCCACAAGUCCAAAGGGCACUUGGUCGUUUAACUCCGCGAGAGACCUAUGACCGCUCCUACCGCCUCAAAAUUGCAUGUGACUGUGACCUUCACCACAAACCUUUGCCAAAAGAACAAUGGUCUACUCCUGAGGAUGACAAGCGAUACCUCCAGCCUCAUAUCCUGAACGUCCUCAAGGAAGAGGAGGAGAGAUUUGCCUGGGACACGAUGACCGUUCAACGCAAAUAGACAUUCACAUCCGUGUAGACUCGUAGUUGUGACUAUCCAUAUCUAUACGUAUUCGCGAUGGCUUCACCUGAAGUUUUAUACUGUUCGCUUGAAUUAUGAUCAAGAAGGGCCAUUGAAGGACCAACUGCCCUGCUUCAAUUUUGUUCGGUUACCCUUUGCAGCACCACAAGUUUGUCAAUCAUCAAUCUAUAUGAUUACAGGAUCUUUACACUCCUUUCUACGAGUAAUCUAACCUAAUUUCAGGAGUGGCGAAAUUUUUAAUACUGCUGGACACAAUAGCCUACAGAGCCUUGACGAGAGGAGACACAACUUGACCACCCUUCUGCUUGUAGAAUGCGAUGACCUUCUUGCUAACGGCGGCAAUGUCUGGA